CGCUGGCCCCGCCUCCGCCGGCCGCUGGGGCUCCACCACCGGCGGCCAAGGGGCGGGGCGGGCCGGGAGGAGCCGCGCUCCCGAGCGGGAGGGAGAUCCGCCGUGGAGUUACGGGAAAGUUGGUCUGAGUUCCCGGAGUUUUUCUCUGUGGUUCCUUGGGCUGGCUCGGUCGGCUCCUUUCCUGCCUCUGGCCUUCGCUUGUCCAGCAGGUCCCUCUUUCUGCCCCCGGCCGCCAUGGAGCAGCCGCCGGCGCCCAAGAGUAAGCUGAAAAAGCUGAGUGAAGACAGUUUGACUAAGCAACCUGAAGAAGUUUUUGAUGUAUUAGAGAAACUUGGAGAAGGGUCUUAUGGAAGUGUAUUUAAAGCAAUUCAUAAGGAAUCUGGACAAGUUGUUGCAAUUAAACAAGUACCUGUGGAGUCUGACCUUCAGGAAAUAAUUAAAGAAAUUUCCAUAAUGCAGCAGUGUGACAGCCCGUAUGUUGUAAAGUACUAUGGCAGUUACUUUAAGAACACAGAUCUGUGGAUUGUUAUGGAGUACUGUGGAGCUGGCUCUGUUUCAGACAUUAUUAGAUUACGAAAUAAAACAUUAACAGAAGAUGAAAUUGCAACUAUUCUUAAGUCUACAUUGAAAGGGCUAGAAUAUUUGCAUUUUAUGAGAAAAAUUCACAGAGAUAUAAAAGCUGGAAAUAUUCUCCUCAAUACAGAAGGACAUGCAAAGCUGGCAGAUUUUGGAGUAGCUGGUCAGUUAACAGAUACAAUGGCAAAACGCAAUACUGUAAUAGGAACUCCAUUUUGGAUGGCUCCUGAGGUAAUUCAAGAAAUAGGCUAUAAUUGUGUGGCUGACAUCUGGUCCCUUGGCAUUACUUCCAUUGAAAUGGCUGAAGGAAAACCACCUUAUGCAGAUAUACAUCCAAUGAGGGCUAUUUUUAUGAUUCCAACGAACCCACCACCAACAUUCAGGAAGCCAGAACUGUGGUCUGAUGAUUUCACUGAUUUUGUUAAGAAGUGCUUAGUGAAGAAUCCAGAACAGAGAGCUACUGCAACGCAACUUUUACAGCAUCCUUUUAUCAAGAAUGCAAAGCCAGUGUCAAUAUUAAGAGACCUGAUUACAGAAGCCAUGGAGAUCAAAGCUAAGAGACAUGAGGAACAACAGCGAGAACUGGAAGAAGAAGAAGAAAAUUCGGAUGAAGAUGAGCUGGAUUCGCACACCAUGGUAAAGACCAGCUCAGAAAGCGUGGGCACAAUGCGGGCCACGAGCACCAUGAGUGAGGGGGCCCAGACCAUGAUUGAGCACAACAGCACGAUGCUGGAGUCGGACCUGGGCACCAUGGUUAUAAACAGUGAGGAUGAGGAGGAAGAAAAUGGAACUAUGAAAAGAAAUGCAACUUCACCACAAGCACAAAGACCGUCAUUCAUGGACUACUUUGAUAAGCAGGACUUCAAGAACAAGAGUCAUGAAAACUGUAAUCAGAACAUGCAUGAGCCUUUCCCCAUGUCCAAAAACGUUUUUCCUGAUAACUGGAAAGUCCCUCAAGACGGAGACUUUGACUUCUUAAAAAAUCUGAGUUUGGAAGAGCUGCAGAUGCGGUUAAAAGCGCUGGACCCCAUGAUGGAACGCGAAAUCGAAGAGCUUCGUCAGCGAUACACUGCCAAGAGGCAGCCCAUUUUGGAUGCCAUGGAUGCCAAGAAGAGAAGGCAGCAAAACUUCUGAGCCCAAGUUUUCCUUCUGUUCUCAUCACUAUUCUGGAGACCAAGAAACCACUAAGAAUGGAAAGAAUAUUGUGAUUUUAUGUUUCUAAAUCGCUUAGACGUAUGUUCUAGAGGCUAAGGCCAAAAUCUGAUGAUGGUACCUACCAGGUAAAUCCCCUAAAGGCAGGCUCUCUGUAUCGACUGUUUUCAUCUUUAAGUAAUCAAGAACCACAGAAGUGUGUUCUUCUCUUUCCCUAUCAGCUGCUUACCAGCACUAAAACCAUGUCAGAGAACAAAGGCCAUGUUUGGAGACCUUUAAAAUCCAAAGCCAUUCUGUGAUUGUACCACACUAGAAGGGCUUUAUGUUACAAUACUCUUUAUUCCUAUCCAGUAGCCUAUUUAUUACUAUAUCCCAUUAGGUAAACUUAUUUAUUUAUGCUGUUUCACACUGUGUUGUCUUUUAUUUUUAAGGGUAAGAUCAGGAUAGAGUUGGUGCAGGUAGGGACAUACUAAAUAGACAAUAAUGCACAAUAAGAUGAUAAUUCAGCAGGGAGCUCCGGGCUACCAUCCUCGAUUUUCAGGGUAGUUUUUCAAUAUGAACAAGGCAAUACUCUGAAUCGUACCCAAAUGGGUGGAGCAUUUUUAUAUGGAAGCAAUAAUUUCCAAUUUUACCUUUUAAAAUUAUAAUUGUCUUGAUUGUUUUUCAUAUUUGCUGUAAACAGAACUCUAUAUAUUUAGGUCAAACAGAGCUAUAAUGUUUAAAACCAAAGAAAUCAAUGAAAUCAUUGCACACACACACACAAUGUGGGAAAUACUUUAAAAGAGAUGAAAUGCUCCAACAAAUGGGAUUUGUUAGUAUUGUUUCAUGUGUAGGCCUGAUAGCUAAACAGAAUCAAACUGUAACAAGCUCACCAAAUUUAUCUCUGUGGAAAUGUGCUUUGCUGUCACAGGGUUUUCUGGUUGAUUUCAUCAUUCAUUUCCUAGGGAUUGAUGAACAUGAUGUGCCUGAGGAUUAAAAAAGAAAGAAAGAAAUAGCAAAAGAAUCUGUACCAAAUGGUACAAGCCUUGGGGACUGGGGAAAGAAAAGAUUAAAACCAUUACCAAUCAAGAAUCGCAUUUCCAAGUGGAAUGAACGCUGUUGUGACUGCACUGGGACCACUUAUCUCCAAAGCUAUCUAUGGCCAUCUUAGCAGUGAUGUUUAUCCUUUGGUGUGAUUAAUUACUAUGUGGAAAUCAUGAAGACAAUAAAUUUCACCCA